UUUGACUACUAAGUCAUGACAUUUAGCCUGAGUCAAUCUCACGCUUUAUUUGUAAUAUAUACAGAACAUAUAAGAAAACAUUUACAGGCCCGCCGGACUCCUGGGUUUAAUAUUUUAAGAAGCCCGAUCCCGAUUUUACUGGCCUCAGGCAUUGGGCCACUGGUUAACGUCGAAGACUGCUAUUUCCUAUAUAGACAAACAUAUAAUGAGAGUCAGACUGAUGAAGUCAACCCUAAAGCAUAUCCUUUGGCUGAUUCGCAGCUCACACAGGAGAUUCUGGAUCUGGUACAACAAGCCUCACACUACAAGCAGCUCAAGAAAGGUGCCAAUGAAGCAACAAAGACUCUGAACAGAGGGAUGUCGGAGUUCAUUGUUAUGGCAGCCGAUGCUGAGCCUUUGGAGAUAUUGUUACAUCUGCCAUUGCUGUGUGAGGACAAGAAUGUUCCUUACGUAUUUGUGAGAUCAAAACAAGCACUAGGAAGAGCCUGUGGAGUAUCCAGGGCUGUCAUUUCCUGCUCUGUCACAGUCAAUGAGGGGUCUCAACUGAGGCCAAAGAUUCAGACCAUUCAGCAGAACAUUGAGAAGCUCCUCAUAUAAAUCCCCAUUAUAAAGGCCCUUACUGAAAAACUCCUUUAUACAGUUUGGCUAACUGUUUUACUUCUGCUAAAAUUCAUCUAUUAAGUCUUGUUACAUUACAAAAAAGUCUUACACACAACAUAAAAAGUCAUGAGGUUUUGCAUUCAUAUUGUUGUCCAUUGAUGGAAAAAUUGUACUAUGUUUUGUUUUACCAUUUUAAUAAAAAAAAGGUAUUAAUGAAUUUACAUAUA